AUGUCCUACCCCCAGUUUGGAUACCCCUACUCAUCGGCACCCCAGUUCCUGAUGACCACCAACUCCUUGACCACCUGCUGCGAGACCAGCGGCCGGACGCUGACGGACUCGGGGGCGGCGGCCGCCUCGGCGCAGACGCCCGUCUAUUGCCCCGUGUACGAGAGCAGGCUGCUGGCCACGGCCCGGCAUGAGCUCAACUCCGCGGCCGCCCUGGGCGUCUACAGCAGCCCCUACGCCAACACGCAGGGCUACAGCAACUACGUCACCUACGGCACCGAGGCGUCCGCCUUCUACUCCCUGAAUAGCUUUGAUUCGAAGGACGGGAGCGGGUCCGCGCAUGCGGGCAUUACCCAGGCGGCAGCUUACUAUCCCUACGAUCACACGCUCAGUCAGUACCAAUAUGACAGAUAUGGCACCAUGGACGCAGGGACCCGGAGGAAAAAUGCUACUCGAGAGACUACCAGCACGCUGAAGGCCUGGCUGCAGGAGCACCGCAAGAACCCGUACCCGACCAAGGGCGAGAAGAUCAUGCUGGCCAUCAUCACCAAGAUGACCCUCACGCAGGUCUCCACCUGGUUCGCCAACGCCCGGCGGCGGCUCAAGAAGGAGAACAAGAUGACCUGGCCCCCUCGGAACAAGUGUGCGGAUGAAAAGAGACCUUAUGAGGACGAGGAGGAGGGCGAAGUCCAAGGAGAGCGCCUGAAGAACGAGAAACUGGAAGAGCCGGCGAGCAAGGAGGACAAGGAGCUGGCCCUGAGCGACCUGGACGACUACGACCCGCUGGAGUCGGAGGGCUCGGAGGGCGAGCUGAAGGCGCGGCCCUUCGGCGCCGCGGAGGGCGCGCCGUGCGCCAACGACGCCUGCAAGGAGCCCUCGCUGGGCGCGGGCGCGCUGGAGGGCAGCCUCAAGGAGCCGGCGACGGGCCCGGCCGCCUGCGAGGCCGCGGAGCUGCUGAGCGCCCGCCAGCGGGGCUGCGAGGCCAAGCCGCGCUACCCGCCGGCGCAGGCGCAGGCGCAGCCGCCGGCGCAGCUGCUGGAGGCGGGCGGCAAGCCGCGGAUCUGGUCGCUGGCGCACACGGCCACGUCGCUCGGGCAGGCCGAGUACCCGUCGUGCAUGCUGCGACGCCAGCAGGGGGCGCCGAGCGCCGCCAGCGCCGGGGCCGCGCCGGCCGCGGGCGCCCUCGAGCGGCACGCCAAGGAUUCGCCCGUCACGAACCUCAGGAACUGGGUGGACGGCGUGUUCCACGACCCGCUCUUCCGGCACAGUACUUUGAACCAGGCCUUGAGCAACACCGCAGUGUCUUGGGCGACCACCAAGGGCUCCCUCCUGGAGACGGGGCCCCUGGGGCGCUCGCUGGGGGGCGGCGCCGCCGUGCUCAAGGGGCAGCUGGCGGGCCUGGCGGGCGCCCCGGACGCCGGCAAGGACUUCCUGGCGUUCCCCAAAGCAGGCGGCAAGAUGUUCUGCUCCUAACGACCGAGCCCCGUCCGCCUCCCUGGGCCAGGGUGGGGGAAGGCAAGACGGGGAGCGAGAGAGACUCGGGCCAGCGCGCCCCGGCGGGGCGGGGGACCAAACCAGGAGCACCGGGAAGGCUGGGGGGGAGUUUCCCUUGGAAGCCAGAGAAGUUUUUCGGGAGCGAGCAAACAUGGAUUUGCGAGGUGCUGACUCAAGGAGAGAGAGAGGAGAGAGACUUCUCUGCCGUUUGGAAGAUUUUCACUGGGCUGCGAGCUUGAGGGAUCGACGCCUUCACCGAUAUUUAAGUCCAUAGCACGUCCCGCUAGCUUUAGAGGCGAAUAUCAGCGUUUACCUUGGGCAAGUUUACAAGGCGCGAGAUGCUAAUUCCGCUUCUCCGGGGAUGGGAGAGGGAGCAGUCGGCCUGUCCUAUUCUCCCUGUUCGUUUGUUUUUUUCCUUUUAAUUUGUGGCAUGCCAAUCUUAGUUCCCCAAAAGACUUUCCCCUCCUCUUUUCCUUGUUAGCAUCUCACCCACGAAAAGGAAACAAAAAUGCACCUUCCACCGAGUUGACACCAUUGCGCGCACGCACACAACACACCGAAUUUGAACUUGACAAAUAAGCUAUGUCGGAAAGGUAUGUUCACUCCAAAUAAAUUGUCUGUCUCUCA